ACCGUGCAUGGCGUUGCUACUUGCUUUCACAAAUUGCCAAACGCGAAUGUAUUUAUCCUGUCUUAUUGUCUUAAUCUUGGUAAAAUGUAAAUGUAAUCACACAUAUUUUUAUCAGUCAUUUGGAUGGUUUUUAACUAAAACAGGAUAAUAAGGUCUAGAAUUAUAUUUUCGUGAUUAAAAUAACUAUUUUAUUUUCUGUAACCAAUGGAAGCCCAGACAAGCAAAAUAUUAUAUUAAUACUAGGUGAGCCAAUAAAUCUCUGUGUGAGGUGUGAGCUCCUCUUUAAAAAGCAAAAUUAAAAAAAAAUUGGCCUAAAGGUAUACAUUCGUCGGGUGUAGGAUACCUAUUAGCAGUGCCGUAACUAGAGGUUGGCGACAUGGGCGCUUGCCAAGGGCGCAGUAAAAUAAGGGGCGCGCUUUGAGUUAAAUUAAAAUUGGUUUUUUUUUCUCAUGUAUUUAUUAAAAUUGAGCGUAAAUGUAUAAUGCACAAACAUUACAUACUGGAGUGCACCUUAAUGGUGUUUAUUACAUUUAAAUUUAUAUUAUACACUGGAAUACUGAUAUAAAUUAUUUUAUUUUUGCGUGUAUGAAAUGUAUAGCCAUAUGGGCACGAACGACAAACGACCAUAGUAAUGAUUAACACAAAUGACUGGUUUUCCCAAUAAUUUAACUAAUAUUACGGCAUACGGCAUAUACCAUACUUUAUAAUAUAAUAUCUAUACAGAGUAGAGAUUAAAGUUUAUCAUUACAUUGCCACAUUACACUAUAGGUAGGUACGUUUCUCGGUAGUUGUCACUUGCCAUUUGCAUUCGGUUUCCGUAUUUUAUAUUAGUGUAGGUAAUACUGUAAUCAUAAUUCUUUAGUAAUAGUGUUUUUCGAUACAAGAGCUGCUGAAUAACGGUGUAUCAAUUAUCAAAAUGCCUCCAAAAAAACCUUCUGGGGCUGAAUUCAAAAAAUUAAGAAAGGAACGAGAGGAAAAAGAACGCCCACUAGGAAUCAAUUUAAGAAACUGGUUAUCUACUUCAACUUCAUCUGACCAUCGUUCAUCUGAUCAAAUUAACUUUGAAAAUAUACCGAGUUCUAGCACUUCUUCAACUGUAAUAACUUUUAAUCAAAAUAUUACUAGUUUCAUAACCGAUAAUUCCGAGACUGAACCCGAAUUACUAGAACCAAUUUCAAAUAGUCACAUAGACUUUUCAGACCCAGCUAAAUGGCCAUUAGUAAAUGAUAAAACACGAGUAGCAAUCGUCGAGUAUGGUUUCAACCAUAAUUAUUAUAAUGAUUUAUCAAAUUAUAUUUUUCCUGAAGACAAUGAUGGUAGGCAUUUUAGUUCAAAAUGGUUGUAUAAAAGUCUUCCCAACGGAGAAAAAAUAAGACGAAAAUGGUUGGUUUAUAGUUGUUCAACAGAUAAAAUUUUUUGUUAUCCGUGUGUUUUAUUUUCAAAAUGCAGAGUUUCUGCAUUUACUGAUACUACAAACGGUUAUUGUGAUUGGAAACAUCUAAACCCUAAUAUAUCAGUUCAUGAAAAUACAAAUGCUCACCUACAAUGUUAUAUAGAAUGGAUAGAAUUAGAAAAUCGCAUUAAAAAAGGAAAAACAAUAGAUGACGAUUUUCAAAAAGUGAUAAAAGUUGAAAAACAAAAAUGGCGUGAUAUUUUAAAAGUAGUAAUUGAUGUCAUAUUAUAUUGUGCAAGAAAUAAUUUGGCACUUCGAGGUAAAUCAGGAAUAAUAGGAGAAAAUAACUGCGGCAUUUUUUUGAAUACUAUAGAACUGAUAAGUCAUUAUCAUCCACUUUUAGCAGAACAUAUUUCAACAGUGAAAUCUAAAAAGGGAUCAAUAAGUUAUUUUUCACCAAAAAUUCAAAACGAAGUUAUAAAUCUUAUGGGUGAAAAAGUUCGGAAUGAAAUCAUAUCAAAAAUAAAAGAUGCAAAAUAUUUUUCCAUUAUAUUUGACUGUACUCCAGAUCUUUCCCAUAAGGAGCAAAUGAGUCAGAUAAUAAGAUAUUUAGAAGUGAUUGAUAAUCAAUGUUGUAUUAAAGAAAGUUUUAUUGAUUUCAUUGUAUCCAAGGAAAAAACUGGUCAUGGACUAGCGACCGAAAUAAUGAAUAAAAUUCAAAGUGAUGGGUUAAAUAUUGAAAAUUGCAGAGGUCAAGGUUUUGAUAAUGGUGCUAACAUGGCAGGCCAAUAUAAUGGAGUUCAAUCUAAACUUAUUCAAAUCAACGAGUGGGCAAGGUUUAUACCCUGUGCGGCACAUAGUUUGAAUUUAGUUGGUUUGCAUGCAACAGAAACGUCUCCAUGUAUGAUAACAUUUUUUGGAACAGUUCAAAGAAUUUUCACAUUUUUUUCUGGUUCCACGACUAGGUGGGAUAAGUUAUUAACUGUUAUUAAAAUAACAUUGAAAGCGCACUGUGAAACACGAUGGUCAUCUAAAAAGCAUGCGGUUUCAGCACUUUUUAAAAACAUAAAAGAUAUUUAUAUAGUUUUGCAAAAUAUUUCAAACGAUCCUAGCUGUAAUAAUGAUACAGUAUCAGGAGCUACUGUUCUUCUAAAACAAAUAACUUUUAAAUUUCUUUGUUUAUUACAUAUAUGGAAUGAUAUUCUCUCAAGCAUUGAUAAAAUUAAUUGCUCUUUACAAUCCAAAAAUAUAUCAAUUGACACCGCAUAUAAAAUUAUAAAAGGAUUAGUAAAUAUAAUUAAAAAUUUGCGAAACAGUGGUAUAGCAUCUUAUGUUGAAGUAGCAAAACAUAUAGCAGUAGAACUGGAUUUGGAAACAGAUUUUCCCGAAAAACGUAAGACAAAAAAGAAACGUAUGGUAUCAGAACUUGCGGAGGAUGAAGGUCAUUCAAUAAAUUCCAAACGAGAGUUUGAAAGAGAAUUUAAUGCUGUGAUGGAUUCAAUAAUUGUUCAGAUGGAAUGGAGGUAUAAAAAAAUGGAAGAAGUAUCGUCUGAUUUUGAAUUUUUAAGCGGUCAUUUCCUAUAUCAUCAAUCAGAUGAUAUAAUAAAAAAAUAUGCAUCUGAUUUAGCAAUAAAAUAUUCAAAAGAUUUAGAUGGAACAGAGUUAGUUUCAGAACUAUUAUGUUUCAAACACCAAGCGUCGUCACUGUUCUCCGAUUUAAAUUCAGCAUCUCCAUUGGAUCUUAUCAACGUGAUACAUUCUAAUUCUUUAAAAGAUAUAUACCCAAACAUAGAAAUAGCCCUAAGAAUAUUUCUUACUCUUCCAGUGACCGUGGCUUCUUGUGAACGAAGUUUUAGUAAAUUAAAAAUUAUUAAAAACUAUCUACGCUCAACGUUAGGACAGGAACGCCUUACAAAUUUGGGAAUAUUAUCAAUUGAAUUUGAAACUAGUAACUCGAUUAGCUAUGAAGAUAUUAUAGACGAUUUUGCAGCAACAAAGGCUAGAAAGAUAAAAUUUUAAUUUUAAUUUUAAUGAUUUAUUGUAACAUUAUAUUUUAUUUAACAUAACAUUUAUUUACAU